AUGUCGAUUCUUCUUGCGCUCUCGUUCCUCGCUCUCUUCCAAAUGCCGCAUCUCUCAUCAGCUGUUCCGGGUUCUCGGCUAUUGCGACAAAACCUCGGUCUGGAAAGCCUCAAGCUCGACGAUCAGGAGUUUCCCAACUCCGCAGUGGCAGAGCUGGUCGUUCCAGCUGAUGAGAGCCGCAGCCAUCGCGAGCUGGCCCCGGCACCAUUGGCUCGAAACCGAUCUGCUGUACCUGCGUCUCAUCCGAAUGGCAGUGCCCUUCGUGGAGUGAGAAAGCUUCUGUUCGAAACUCUGAGCUGCGCACUGCAGGAUCUCAGUCUGACACAAGGCCCCGUGAGCUCCACGAGCGGCAUUCUAACUUUCUACGUGCAGAUUGUGAACCUGUGCGGAGCAUGCGCCAUGGCCGACAUUCAUGUGGCUUGUGGAACCUGGGCCUGGGCGACUCCUGUCGAUCCGUUCGUCUUUACUCGCCUGGUCUACAACGACUGCCUCGUCAACAAUGGCCAACCGCUCAGUAGUCAGGGAGGCGUAUCGUUCCAGUACUCCAGUUCGGCCAUGUAUUUAAUGAGCAUUGCCAUCGCCACCCACUAA